AUGUCUUCCCAAUCCCGUCUACUAGUAGACUUCCCACCGGAAAUCUUCCCCGUGGUGGCAGGCCACCUCCCUCUCUACGCCACACCCCCAACCCUCCUCUCCCUCGCCCAAACCAACCGGCACAUCUCCCAAAUCACCCUCCCCCUCCUCUACUCGCACCUCAUCCUCAAAAACGAAUCCGAUGCCCUCUCCGUCAUCCACCAGAUCCUCGAGGAGCCUUCAAAAGGCCAUUUGGUGAGGGGCAUCCACAUCCGCUCUGCACUCUCCAAAGGAGUCCGUGAGGACCCUAACGGCCUUGAUGUCCUCAAAGGCUUGGAGAGGCUGAUCACGAUGGGCGCUUUACCCUUCAUUCAUACCCUCGAGUUUCAUUUUGAGGGGUUCUCGUGGUGGACGGACGAGGAUGGUGAAGCUUUCUACGGGUUUGGAGAGCCUAAAGCGCCGUUCUGGGAGGGACUGAAGAAGAAUUGUCCGCGGUUGCACACCCUGACUCUCACCAAUAUCGGUGAUAGCGACGAUAAUCGAUGGUUGGAAGAGUCUGGUCUAUUUGAAAUCGAGAACAUCCGUAACCUCACUUUACGCUUCUCCCAAAGCACACUCACCGAAACCGGGAACCAAAAACUCCUUCAAACCGUGUCCAAUUUGGCACCCCGCCUGCGCACGCUCAACCUAGCUCCCAACUCUGACACAGACGAGUGGAUGAAGAUGGAGAACAUCCUGGACUUUACGUUCCCCCAUCUCGAGUCUCUGACGCUCAGCGCGUACGUCCUCGAGGACACAGCCAAAGCCAUGGCAUUCUGGGAGCGGCACCCCACUCUGGAGUACAUCAACCUGAGUUAUGGCGACGAAACACCGCGGUUCGCAGAAGGCGUUCAUGAUGUGGUGAACUUCCUGCCCAACCUGAGACACCUCGUCGCUCCAUUCCGCGACGUCCGAAACCUCUCACCUCUCCUCCCACAACUAAUCAGCCUCACAAUCCUCGACAGCAUCAACGCCCAAGUGCCCUACCUCCUCCGUUCCGUCCUCCAACCCUCCGCCCUCCAACCCCCCAACAGCACCGGUACCACCCCUAGCCUCCCCAUCCUCCAAAGCCUCAACAUCAUCCAAGACGGCGAACCCUACGGCAAAAUAUCCCACCUCGAGGGUUCACACUGGUACGAAACGGCCGAGGGCGAGUUCAAAGAAGCGCCCGAGAAGAAGGGGCAGAAGUUUAAGAAGAGCGUGCUGAAUGGGUAUAUGCAUUCUAUCGUCCGUGCGGCGCCGAAUCUUGUAGAGUUGGGGUUGCAGGCGUCGGGUUUGGAUGUGUCCAACUACGACAAACUCAUCCCCGACCUCGCACAACUCAAAAACCUCCAGCGAUUCUGCUACCGCGACCAACACACCCACCUCUCCGACCUCGACUCGGACCAAAAAGAAGAAUUCAAAUCCAAAGCCCGUCUGGCAGCCGAAGCCUGCCCUCGCCUGACCAUGGUCGCAGAUAUCUACGCCGACCCACCCGCGCGAUACGUCACUGCACGCAUCUUGCGAAAAUUGGACGAUGGGAGCGUGGAUGAUGUCGAGCUUGUCACUGGAGAUGGGAUGGUGAUUGGACAGGAGGACCAGGCGUUCCCGAGGAGUAGUGAGGCUUCGUUGGUCUAG